AUGUCGACAAUUCAACUUCAGGAUGAUUGGAGAUCAUUUGCUUCUGGCGGUGAUAUUACCGAGGAUGGGUCAUUCUCCAAAUGGAAUGGCUCGCCAAAAGCUAAUGGAAAGAAGAUUACACCGGUCAUGAACGACUUUAAUGAUUUUUUUAACUCGUCCCCAAGAUCUUCUCAACCUACUCCAAAACCGGCAGCCACUUCUUCCGAUAAGACCGUGCCGCAACCUUGUCUAACCACCUCGCAUUCACAUACUAGCCUAUCCUCAGCCUCAGCCUCUGCACAGCCCACCACCCCAUGGAUAGGAAAUUCAGGGUCCGAUAACUUGCUUGAUGUUUACUCUGACGAUAAACAAGUCUCUAUAAGUAGUUCUUUUGAUAUGCCUGAAACGAUUAUAGAGAAUCCACCAAUUUCAAAGGAGCCUGAGGUAUUGGACUCACAAGUGGACCCAAAAUUUGGAUCAAUUGUAUUGGAUACAAGCGAAAAGAACCCGACACAAUCGGAGGAUCUUAUUGACACAACAGACCAUGAUGGUGCCUCACAAAAUGAGGAUAUUCAUGAGCCAGAUUUUCUGGAACAAAUUCAACAGGAAGACGCUACAAACGAGAUUUAUGAGUACCAAGAUACUGAUCGAAAACAAAGUUCUGACAAUUUUUCUUGCCCGGAAACUGAGCAUGUUUCUGUACAACCGUUUACAACUAGUCCCAAAGAAUCUCAAUUGGAUAAAUUAGAAAGUCCAGAUCUGCCAGAUAUUUCAUCAGACGUUUUGGAAGGGUCUUCAAUACAUGAAACAAGUUUAUGUCUAGAAAACAUAAUAAUAGACAAAAAUAGCCAAGAAACCGAUCAUUCAAGCCAUUCUUUAACUGACAAAAGUAUCAAAACGCCAGAGAAAACAAACGUGGAUGAGCUUGACGCAUUUGGUGAUUUUGAGGAUUUCGAUGAUUUCAACGACUUUGAUUCUUUUGAUUCUUUCGAAGAGCUUGAAGCAUCAAAAGAAGAUGAAGACUUUAAGAAUUUUGAUGAUAUGCUUAAAAUUCCAGAAAAUAAGCCUCCGGCCUUAAGGAUAGACACAACACUCGGGGCACGUACAUCUCAAAAAACACAUGUACCUCCUGAGGAGCUCGCUCACUUUGACCAUUACAACUAUCGGCCUAUUUUUAUAAGCAUAGAGGAAGCAGUAGAAAUGUGGAAACCUGUAUUAAAUGCAAUGAAUGAUAUUCCAGAGCUGAAGAAUUACACAGCGAAUGCACCAAAAAGUAUCAAGCAUCUUGUUUUAGUGGAGGCUGAUGAAUCAUUACAUUCGCGAUUAACAUGGACAACCGUUACACAUUGCAUGGAUAAUGAUACUGGUAUCCCAAGAGUCAAAUGGUCAAAUUCUAAGACCGAGAGUAUGUACCUUGAAGCACUUCAUUGUAAGCGAGAAAAGUCCGAAAUAGCAGUAAUACCUUCCAUGCUUCGGAUUACAACCGAUGAACCGACUGAGGAGAAGAAAUACUUUUCAGCUUCUACAGCUAAUCCCCCUGUUCAUCAAGUUCCUAGUCCAGUCCAAAGUCCAGCUUCUGUAAAGCCGUCUUCUGCAGGCUUUGGGUUUUCUUUUUCCAAGCUUUUGCCCCGAUUGUCAACGACAUCAUUACCAAAAUCACCGGCUUCCCCACAACUAUCAUUUCCUCAGCAACAUCCUUUAAACCAGAGCUGCUUGUCUCAACCAUGUACACCCAAGGCAAGCUUUGAUCGGCAGCACAUAAAAGCUGCAUCAUCUAUAUCUACGGCAUCAACACACGGAAGAAGCAAUAGUGCAUCUAAUCUAGGUUCAAACAAUUCACGCAAUCUACACACUCCACCCAAGCGGUCUAGUACUAUAGCGACUGACUGGCUAUCUUCUGAUGAUAAUUCGUUUCUUUCUCAACUUAACCAAUCUAAAGUUGCGACGCACUCAAACAUGAACCCUCAUCGGCCUCAGAGUAAUAGUAUGGACAUCCUUGACUUUACUGAUUCUGUACCUGUCAACAGCCCUACUCGGCCAUUCUUCUCAUCUCUCACUCCUCUGGUUCCUAUGAAGCCCUCAAAAAAUACUCAAGAGCAACCAGACAAAAAUGUCCAACACAGACACACCAUGCCAACCGAACUCUUGUCACUUUGGAACUCUCCAAGUUUAUCUGUUAGUCCAAAGCAAACUUAUCCUACCUCUCCUACUUCAUCCAUCAUCCUUUCCCCUGUCCACAUGGAUAACACAAGUAAUCGAGGUUCACUCGUUGGUUCACCUACCCAGAUAAAUUCAAUCAAGUCAAUGGAUCAAUUCUUAUCAGAUAAACCCGUGCAGACUGAGACGACUAAACCUCCUCGACCAAUCUUACCACUGGAAGAUUUUUGGUCAAAUAAACCCCUUCAACCAUCAAAAUCGCCAGCAGAGACUCGAUCAACAAUGCCCAUUCAAUCGCUUAUACCAGUAGACGACUUUUGGGCAAUUGAGUCAACCCAACCAAUCCGAACAACACAGGAAAUCAAUAAAAAUCAACCAUCACUAAUGGAUGAUUUCUGGUCAAACGAUUUUAUUCAACCAACUAAACAAACCCAGCCUACUGAACAUUCUUAUCCCGUUCCUUCAAUGCAGCCGUUUCAAACGACCCACAACGCCAUUAUUCACAAAAAAGAAACCUCUUUAAACAAUACUGCUUAUAAUGUGAUGACACAUAAAGCUGUACAAAACCGUACUUUGCAGUCAGGCACUAAAGCAUCCGAAACAAAAAUUGAUUUUGAAUUCGGGGAUUUCCUGGCUGCACCCCUUGAAACAAAUGCCAGCGAUGAUUUUGGUGACUUCGCAUCCAGCUCUCAACACGACGACUGGCCAUCAACGUGGGAGGUAGCCGAUACUUCUACUACGGCAUCUAAGCAACCCGUCAAAGAAGAAGACGAAUGGGGAGAGUGGGCUACAUUCAAAUAG